GCAACCUGUGUUUGCUCAUGGAAUCGAUUAUACAUUGACAAUUGAUCAUUUAACGAUUUUCCAUUUUCUACGGCUGAUCAAUUAUGGGUGGUGCACAGAGUGGUGCACAUAAUCUCGGAGAUGCAUUGUGGAUGCAUGAGAGACAACGACAAAGGGGCCAAAGGGAAGUGGCCCGUUACGAGAGCCAGAGUGAGCAUAACACUCAGGACCGUCGUAAAUUGCUGAAGAGGACACGGAGUCUAGCGGUGAUAUCGGAGGGAAGAAACGAUCGAGAGGUCAAUCAUAAUUUUUCCUUGGGAGAUCCGACCUUCGAUGGGCCACGACGGCCUCAGCUGAUCCCACGAGCCAAACUCAUUGACAGGAAUUCCCUCAAGGACAGAUUGUCCAAGAGUCAGCAGCAUCUGUCGGACACCUACGACAGGUAUCACGAGGUACCUUAUCACUCUCAAUCCAUCUGCGAUCUCCACUCUAGACCAUCGACUCUGCCCUACCUGGAGCUCCCCACCAGGAUUACAAGUCGGGAGGACUCAGAUCGAUUAAAUAUACUCGAUUGGCCGAGAACACCGAGGCGAUAUCGCAGCCAUCAGGACCUCGACACUGUCAGCGGACUUGUUGACAUUGUUGAGGAUGACUGGCCCCUGACUGAAGGACAGCGAGAUAUAUACACACAGGUGAAGCGUAAACGCAAGGAGCACCGUAGCUUGGACAGUAUUUUGUUCGAGGAUGAUGGUGAGCUUGAGUACUUUGAUGUGUUGAAUUUGCUGCCCCUGUCAAAGGUUCGCCUGGAGUUUGACGAGGAGGACAGGAGGAACUGUACACCAUCAGAGAGUAUCAAUUUGCCAAAUGAAAAGGGAAACGAGACGUUCAGUGAUGCUGAUGGUGAAUCAACAGUAGAUUCAGAUCGAAGGCAAACACCGAGAGUCCUUCAGGUAUCAGAAUUCUCCGAUGAUAAUCAGGACAGCUCGUUGCAGCUUGAUAGCAAUGUGACGGACGAGGAAAAAAGUAAGACGGUUGAUGAUAAAAUAAUCGGUAAGAGUCCGACAGACGAGUCCUGGAAGAGUUUUCUCUCGUCGUCUGGGAGGAGUGUCUGGGAUACGGAUUCUCAUCGUGAGUCCUUUGAUACUGCCAAGGACGAGCAAUCCGUGAGGCACGAGGGGAAAAAUAGAUACUGCAAUAAUUCGUUUGGGGAACAACCGACAGAUACUCUGAACUCGCGGGAAAAUCAGUCUGACGGUGGGGAAAAUAUUUUGACAAGUGGAAUUGUUGAUGAGAACGAGGGAGGUGAGGGGACGAGGGUUGAAGAGGCUGAGGAUUUCAAAUCAAUCUGGAUAUCUGACAGUGAGGAGAUCGACAGUCACGAGAAGGACAUGUCCAGGCGACCGCAGGUCCUUAAAAUCGUGGACAGUGAGGUGACGAGGAAGAGGGGCUGGGGACCUACUGUCAUCGAGAUUGAUGAUGUCAGGGAGGAGACGAAUGAUAAAAAAAUGAACAGUUGUCUGGAGCAGAAUAUCACCGACGAUAAUGUGGGGCAAAUGAAUCCAAUCGAUAAACAGGAAUGCAAAACCGGUGAGACACGCCCGAGUGUUGAGCUUGCACGCAACUUCUUCGAAUCAAAAUUACCUGGGAGAGAGUUACCUAGACCAGAGGGUAGAUUUGAGAAGAUUGUGAAGGAGACCUCGACUAUGAUAGGAAAAGCAUGCAGCGCAGUUCGUGGAAGCCUGGGAUUUGAAGCGAGAUCAGAGAGCUCGGAUCUGGGUCUUGGCUCAGACUGCGGUAGCGAGGGUAGACGAAGAUCUAUUGACGACGGUGUUGACGUCGAUGAUCUAGUGUCGAGGAAAAAACCGGGAAAGCUGUCUGUUGAAUUCGAAGACAAAUAUAGCAAAUCAGGGAACAAAUCACGAACGAAUCUGACGAGAUCUCGAAGCUGUCUCAAUUCCUUGGAGUGUCAAGAAGCUGACGCCCCAGAAUUUGAUCACGUUCGUUAUAAAAUCGUAAAAUCACGGUUAUUUGGAAAAAAUAUAUAUGGAAAUGUGCCGAGUAAAGGGGAUGUUGGGUAUGAUGGGCUUAUGCAAUAUCUGCGAGAGUAUUCGUUUCAAGAGUUGUUGCUUGAUAACAAUGUCGUAAUAAUCGAGCCAGUACGGGCUGAGAUAAAAUCAUCAACUGUUGGCAAGGGAAAGACCUCGGUGGCCUGCAAAGCUGCGGGUUCACCACACAAAAAGCUAGAUAGCGAGACAAAUAAUUCGGAAAUGCCGAAAAAUGAUGAGAGCAAAAAUAUUCCCAAACAAUCAUCACUGAGAAAACAUUUCUUCUAUCAUCCAAUAAGUUCGGUGAACAGGGUAAAUCGUGAAUUAAUCGAUGAAGAGCUGCCUGACCCUGAUACUGUGAGAAACGUAAGGAGAAUGUUCGAAGCGACAUUGAGGCCAAAGAGUGCAGAUGGUAUGGCUCGGGGCAAUUGUAAAGAUCGGAAGAGUGUCAGCAUGAAAGAUCUCAGUAAUAUUGAUGACGUCAGGAAUUUGGAGACUUCCAGAUCAAGAUCAUCGAGCAGAGCGAAGGACCUGAUGCGUCUGUUUGAGGGACUCGAGAGAGGAACCUCAGGUAAUCGGACAGGUAAAGGCGACAUCGGUAACGGUAGACAUGAAUCUAAGACUAGAAUAAUUGCACAGUCAUUUGAAGCAAGAAGUGGAGAUACAUCACCCAGUGAUUCUGGUUGUGCUAGGAAUAAAGCUAAACGCUAUCGACAACAAAUUAAUCGACGCCAUCAUCUGACUAAUUGGGACGCUGGUAGUGUGAGUUCAGGUGUAUCAAGUGAUUAUCCUGACACCGAUCCUGGAAGUGGUGCUCACUGCACCUCCUCCGAGGAUGAGGAUAUCGAUUGCAGGGAAGAUGACGCAAUGCGUAACACUGAGAGAGAGGAUGGGCAUUACGUGUCACCUGAUGUUUUGAAGAAAAUUCGCGAAUGUGGUACAUCAGUAACAUAUUAUGGUGGUAAAGUUGUUAAUUCGUGCAAUGGGCCACUCAUUUCACCCACCAGUUGCAAAUUAGUCAAGAGCACCAAGCCGAGUCUGAGACUCGACGAUUACGUCAAGUUUCGUCUUGUCAAGAGCAACUCUUGUGACAGCAGGCUUGAGCUCGCUGGAAGGGUUGUUGAGAGGAGAUCAAGGUUGGAGGCUAAACAGAGGGAGAAUAAUAACAGCUCUGGCAAAUCAAUACGUCAUUCUGACCUCAGGCGUUGCACUAUUGCUGAAUCACCGAGUAUCGAAAUAACGAGUCCUGAUAGUUUACGAUUUGAGGAUGACAGAGUGGAAAUUAUUAGUCAGAGUAUUAGCAAACGUGAGCCACCGGUUGUGAUAGGGUUGGAGCCGAAGAGGGAUGAGAGUCGUGACAGCUGUUUCAAGGCCGAUUUUCGUCUCGGUAAGAUUGAUGGUGGCAAAACGGGUAUUGCUAAUAAAUUUACGAGUGCACUGACAAAGUGGCAGAUUAACGAGAACGAUUGGAAGAGGAAUCAAACGGAUUUUGGGAAAAUGGAAUUCGAAGAGUUUGAAGUGCUCGAGGAUAGUCUCAAUGGAACAGACAACUGAGUUAUCUUAAUGAUGAAUGAAUGAAUUUCCUCUCGUGAAAUAUUAUUUAUUUUCUCGAAUAAGUGGGGAGUGAUGCCCUGGGGCAAUAUUCUGUGUAAUAAUUAUAGAAUUGAACGAGUGGAGAAUAUUGAAGAUAAAUCGGAAUAUAAAUACUAAUUCAAAGGGUUAUAUGAGAUGUCAUUUAAUUGUGAAUGGGCUACCCAGGCAUGACCAAUAAAAUCUAUUCACCUCAG